AUGCUCGACUCCGGCGCGAGCUCGCCAUUUAUUAAUUCACGCUUUGCGCUCGAGCAGAAGCUCACGCUCACUCGCAAGAAGAGCCCUCUUCGUUUGCGUACCAUCGACAAUUCACCCAUCAAGUCGGGUCUGGUCACGCACGAGGUCUCGCUUCAGAUGUCUAUUGGCGAGCACUCGGAGCGUAUCACCUGCGAUGUCGCCGACAUUGGCGACGACAACAUCAUCCUCGGUAUCUCGUGGUUGCGGCAGCACAAUCCGCAUAUUGACUGGGCACGCUCUUCUAUCACAUUCACGUCGCCUUACUGUGCUGCCCACUGCCUACCACGGGCACCAAAACCUGCGGCACCGUCGUGCCCGACGACCUCGCAUAAACCGUCCUCGGGGUAUCGUUCUUCCUUUGGCAAGAAGACGAAUACCCGGACCCCGGCGGCGGCGCGCGCGCCUCCCCCGGAGCGGGGCAGUCGUUCUAGGUCGUUGAAGACAUUUCGGAGAGUGAGGGAGAAGGAGGCGAGGUUGGAGGCGUAUCGGGAGGCGUCGAAGGUGUUAGAGAAGGUUAUCCGUCGGGCAGCGGCGGCACGGGCAGUGGGAGUGGUACCCGAGGGGCAGCGCACAAGCGCUUCAGGGGGGUCUAUUGAUCCCCCUCGAGGCGAGUACCCACGUCCAUGUAAUGCGGUGGAACGAACUGAUUCCGACGUUACCAUGCAUGUCUGCCCAGAACCCUUGGACUUGCGUGCCGGGGCGGCUGUCUUUGACCGUCGUCGUGCCGCGGCGGCCCGCUCGUUCUCGCAGGAGCUCGCUGAGGCAGAGUCGAAAUCUCGCAAGGCUGCUGAACCGGUCAAGUCGCUCGAGGAGAUGGUCCCAUCGGCUUAUCACGACUACCUCGACGUCUUCGACAAGGCUCGUUCGGAGCGCCUCCCUCCACACCGUGAAGGGCAUGACAUUGCUAUCGAGUUGGAGGAGGGUGCUUCCAUCCCGUCCGGGCGCCUGUAUCAGAUGUCGGUGGAGGAGCUGUCGGCCUUGAAGGAGUUCAUCGACGACAGCCUGCGCAAGGGGUACAUCCGCUCCUCAAGCGCGCCGUGCGGUGCACCAGUCUUCUUCGUCAAGAAGAAGGACGGCUCCCUUCGGUUGGUGGUCGACUACCGUGCAUUGAACAAGGUCACUAUCAAGGACUCAUACCCGAUCCCGCUCACGCAGGAGCUGUUGGACCGCCUAAAAUCAGCGAAGGUGUUUACGACACUGGAUAUGCGAUGGGGGUACUACAAUGUUCGCGUGCGCGAGGGUGACGAGUGGAAAACUUCGUUUCGCACUCGUUAUGGGCAGUUCGAGUUCCUCGUGAUGCAGUUCGGGCUCUGCAACGCCCCCGCAGUCUUCCAACGACUUGUCAAUUCGAUCUUCCAUGACCUCGUCGAUGUUACAGUGGUGUUGUACCUCGAUGACAUCAUCAUCUUUUCGGAGGAUCCAUCCAAACACGAGGAGCACGUGCGGGAAGUUCUGCGGCGGUUGCGAGAGGCGGACUUGUACCUCAAGCCCGAGAAGUGUCGGUUCAAUGCUACGGAGGUGGAGUACUUGGGAUUGCUGAUCUCUCCAGGGAAUGUCAGUAUGGACCCGGUCAAGGUGCAGGGUAUAACCGACUGGCCGACACCGAAGAACCUUUCACACGUCAACCAGUUCUUGGGGUUCUGUAAUUUUUACCGCCGGUUCAUCGAGGGCUAUUCGGCACUAACUCGACCACUCGACGCGCUGCGGAAGAAGGAUGUCGCUUGGCGCUGGGGCAUCGAGGAAGAGCGGGCAUUCCGCGAGAUCAAGCAUCGUUUCGUGUCUGCCCCACUCCUCAUGAUGCCGGACACCCAUGCUCCUUUUGUGGUGGAGACGGAUGCCUCAGACUUUGCAGUGGGCGCUGUCCUCUCCCAGUACGAUGCUCAGGGUGACCUUCGCCCCGUCGCGUUCUUCUCAAAGGCCAUGGCCCCUGCGGAGCGCAAUUACGACAUAUACGACAAGGAACUUCUGGCUAUUGUUCGUGCACUCGAGGAGUGGCGGCCGUACUUGGAGGGCUCGCCGCAUCGUGUCACCAUCUACUCCGACCACAAGAACCUGGAGUACUUUAUGACGGCUCGCGAUUUGACUCGGCGACAAGCUCGCUGGAGCCUGUACCUCAACCGCUUUUGGUUCCUAAUCGAGCACCGACCGGGUCGCCUAAACAUGGGUGCGGAUGGUAUGUCGCGACGGGCAGACCAUGCCGAGCACGGUCGCGACAACACCGCGCAGACCCUCCUUGGCCCGGAUCGUGUCGGCAAACGCGCGCAGUCGCACGGGGGGGUAGUUCACGACCCCCCUCGAGGCGAGUUUUAUCCUGUUUCGCUUUACGAGAACUUCGCUGAACCCCGGCGUGCAUGUGUACUCUUGCCCGAAGGUCGCCUUGGUGUUGUUGAAGCCGAAAUUUCGGCCCGGGUGGCAGCUCUUACUGCAGAGGCGGCGGCGACCGACAUGGAGGACGAGGACCAGCUCAUCCCCGGCGAUGACCUGAUCCUCGAGGCCAUUCGCGAGGCCACCCCGCGCGACCCGACCCUCGAGCUUAUUUUCGCCAAGGAGAAGCCGGGUGCAGCACCCCUGCUGAAGAAGCGACUGGCCGACUACGUGCUCGAGGACGGGGUAGUCCGCACGCGCGGCCUCAUCGUGGUUCCAGACGAAGAGGAAAUCCGUCACGAUAUCCUCCGUCUUUGUCACGAUUCGGCGCCGGCCGGUCACCCGGGCGAGAAAAAGACGCUCGCGCUCGUCGCGCGCACAUAUUAUUGGCCCGGGAUGUCGACGUACGUCGAGCGAUACGUCUCGGGCUGCCCGACUUGCCAGCAGAGCAAGCCUCGCGCGCGCAAGCCGACGGGCCCGCUGCAACCUCUCGAAAUCCCCACGGGCCCCUGGCAGCACAUCUCGGCCGACUUUAUCGUCAAACUGCCGGUCUCGAACGGGACGGACUCCAUCCUUGUCGUCGUGGACAAGCUCUUGAAGCGGGCGCGUUUUUUCCCGGUGAAUGAGACCAUCACCGCGCCCGAGGUGGCCGACAUCUUUUUCGAGCGUAUUUGGUGCGAACGCGGAACCCCGUACAAGCUGGUAUCCGACCGCGGCACGCAGUUCGUGUCGCGCUUCAUGCAGCGCUUGCUCCAGAGGCUUGGUAUCAAGUCCGCGCGUUCGACGUCGUACCACCCACAAUCUGACGGUCAGACGGAACACGUAAAUCAGGAUCUCGAGACGUACCUGCGUAUGUUCGUCAACUACUACCAGGACGACUGGGCGUCGUGGCUUCCUCUCGCCGAAUUCGCUUACAACAGCCGUGUACACUCGUCCACGGGUGUUUCGCCGUUCUACGCGGAGCUCGGGUUCAACCCGCAGUUCUCGACGAAUCUCGUACAGGCGCAUGCGGUGCCGGCUGCCGACGAGCGUAUCGACCUGAUACAUCACGUUCAGGAGGAGUUGCAGGCUACCCUCGAGCUCGCCGCCGAAACCAUGAAGCGCUACCACGAUCGUUGGGUGGACCAGGCUCCGGCAUAUACGGUGGGGGAUAGGGUGUGGCUGGAACACCCGCACAUCCACUCCUCGACGCGCCCUUCGCCGAAGCUAGACGUCAAGCGCUACGGGCCGUUCGUUAUUGAGGAGAAGCUCUCCGACCUUGUUUUCCGGCUAGCACUGCCAAAAUCGUGGCGUGUUCACCCCGUCUUUCACGUUUCGCACCUCGUCCCGUUCCGUGAGGACUCAAUCCUCGGUCGGGUACCCAAAGCACCGACACCAAUUGAAGUGGAUGGACACGAGGAGUACGAGUUGCAGCAGAUCAUCUGGGAUCGAGUGGACCAGAGUGGGAAGAGGCAGUAUCGGGUGCGGUAUAGGGGUUUCGACUCAUCGCAUGAUGAAUGGCUGGAGGAAUACGAGCUGGAGAAUGCUCAGGAGCUGCUGGAGGAGUAUCGGGAGAAGAAGGAGAAGGGAUUGGUGCGGAAACCGGGGAGGAGGAGGAAGAGGUUUAGUCGAUGA